AUCUUCGUAGCCCGUAAUCAUUUGCAAAAGAGCAGCGCACGUGGAGAGGAAACUGCGGCACCGAAUAAACACUCAUCUGUGUUGACAUUUCAGCACAGCGUUCCCAUUCGCGCAGUUCGGAAACAUUUAUGUACACUUUCUGAUUAUUUGCACCAGAGAUAAUGUUACCAGAGGUAUUUUCGACAAGUUUUUCAAAAGACUCGUAAGGAAUAAAAGUCAAGCCGCCCCAAAAGACUGUUGAGCAUGUGCUUGGUACAACACUUACACAUUUAAAUUGGGACCCCUCUCCCGCGAAUUUAAAAGUUGAGCCAUUGUAAGUAUGGUGGAUAAAGGUCCUCUAUUGACAUCUGCGAUCAUUUUUUAUCUGUCCAUCGGGGCAGCAAUAUUCCAAGUUCUCGAGGAACCGAAUUGGAAACUUGCAGCAAAACAGUACAAUGCACAAAGGGAUAAAAUACUAGAAGACUACCCCUGUCUCACCAAAGAUGACUUGGACAAGAUUUUGGAGGUGGUUUCAGAUGCUGCCGGACAAGGUGUCACCAUCACUGGCAGCAAGACUUUCAACAACUGGAACUGGCCCAAUGCUGUCAUCUUUGCUGCUACUGUCAUCACAACUAUAGGUUAUGGCAACAUUGCCCCCAAAACGUCAGCAGGACGGGUGUUCUGCAUCUUCUAUGGGCUCUUCGGGGUGCCACUCUGUCUUACCUGGAUCAGUGAGCUGGGGAAGUUCUUUGGAGGCAGGGCCAAGCACCUGGGUCAGUACCUAACCAAGAGAGGGGUUUCACUGCGAAAGGCCCAGUUCACUUGCACAGCCAUCUUUGUCCUUUGGGGUGUACUGGUCCACCUGGUCAUCCCCCCAUUUGUAUUUAUGUCUCAAGAGGGUUGGACCUAUGUGGAGGGCUUGUACUUUUCCUUUGUCACCUUGACCACGAUUGGCUUUGGUGACCUUGUAGCAGGCGUGGAUCCAAAUGCAGACUACCCAACUCUGUACCGUUACUUUGUGGAGGUGUGGAUUUACCUGGGUCUGGCCUGGCUCUCCCUGUUUUUCAACUGGAAGGUGCGCAUGGUCGUGGAGGCCCACAAGGCUCUGAAGAAACGACGCAAGCGGCGCAAGCUCUCCCUUGACGAGCUGAGGCACUACAAGGAGAGCCACAAGGCCCUCCACCUGCCGCCCACCGCCAACGACGUCAACAUCUUCAGCUUCCUGUCCAAGAAGCAGGAAGGCUACAACGACCUCAUCAAACAGAUUGGUGUCAAGAAAGAUGGUGGCGGGGACCACUGUGACAGUAAUGAUGCCAGUAACAAGGCCAAGGAGGCGAACCGCUCCCAGAGCUGCAUUGACACGGUUACCUGCAACGGCAACACUAUCCUCAGCCUGGACCGUUCACCGCGGCAGAAGCGGCGCUACAGCUUCAGUGACCGAGUCACCGUGGCCUUCUCGAAGUCCAAGAACUACCUCCUGGGCUCGGAAAAUGGGAUGCUGCUCACAGAGGACCAUGGGGAGGGUGAUUUGGACGGGGACCAGGAGAGGAUGUACGAGAACCAACUGGACAAAGAGGUGGACCAGGAGAGCGGAGUUGGCAGCCUGGGCGGUGGUGGAGGCUGCAGUAUGGGUGGCCGACGGCUGUGGGACUCCAAAGAGUACCAGUCCCUGAUCUUCCAGAAUGCGAACAUCACUUUUAUUGAUGAGGAGAACGUCCUUAACAACAACCUGGAGGAUGAGGAUGACGAUGCUAAAGCCAAGCUGUCAAUCACCACGUGCGACGAAAAUGUAGAGACUGACUCCAAAGAGGAGCAGGGCUCUGAAUCAGAAGAGUCCGUGUUCACCAGCGAUGGAUCAGAACAUGACCACUCUUAUGAGAAGCUUGUGGAGGAAUAUUCAAAGGAGGACAACACAGAGUCCUGAGGAACUGAACUGGACUGAACUAGACAUGGAAUAAUCCUUCAUGUCAUUGCUAUGACACAUUUUUUUUUUAACAAUUUAAGGCAUAGCCACAUUCUCGUUGAACUUUGAUCUAAUGAAGGAGAAAUCUUUUAAUAUUCUGUUAAAAUGAAAGACUGUGAAAUGAACAUUACAGGUUUUAUGUCUAUCACUCUGGUGCAUUCUUUCAGAUGUAAGUGGUAUAUUGCCCGUGUCUCAUCUUAAAAACCUUUCAUUGGAGUUGAACACAUCUUUCAUCUCCGAGUCCUGGAGUCUUUCAUGCAAUUUUUUCUCAGAUACCAUGAGAACAUUUUGCUUAGUCACCAAUACAUCAGAUAAUAACAGGCUCACCGUUUAGUCAUUUUAACUAACAUUUAAUCCAAUAGCAGAAAAUACAUUAUACCAUUUUCAAAACGGAUAUUUUUGAAGUGCUGAAUCGAAGGAAUAAUAAAUCGUAUUGAAGAAUAGUGGCUGAUGAAGGAUGACAAUGGACAAUGUAGUAACUAGGCACUAUACAAUUUUGUUUCAGUAGUCUUCAGUUUUGAGCAUGUUAAUUCGGUUAUAGUUAAAUUAAGAAAUUACAAGAAAAUCAUAUAAAAAGUAAUGAAAAGCAGAUACUUGGAGUGGACAAGUGACUGUGAAUUUGUUUGUAAAUGCACUUAGUUUUGAAACAGACAUUUUUAUGAAAUGUUUAGAUUUUUGUGCCAAGAAUUUUGAAAGUGUAAUAGAUGCUUUUGAAAAUUGCACCAGAGUGAUUAAAAAAGACGAUCAGUCUUCCCUCAAACGAUCAAAUAAUGUGCCAACCUCUGGUUGGUUGAGUGUCUACUUUAAACAAUGAGUUUAUGAACUUAUUAACUCCUUCUGGUUAUAGACUAAAUGGAGUGACACCUAUGGACGUAUAGAUAAAGUUGUCCUACAUUAAUUCACUACUGUUUUCAGAAGAUAUGGUCGUCUUGCAUUUGUUUGAAACAAGAUUGAGUUUUUCAAUCAAUUUGAGAUGAUGCCUUAGUCUUUUGCUCAAAGGUUAAUAGGAAAUAGCAAGGGUGAAUACAUUUUUCAGAGGAUUGCUCCUGGCUUCUUUGAUUUAUAUUCACCAUAUUGGUGUUUUUUUGUAAUAUUUAUACAAUGAAGGAAAAAGCAGCCCUUUUGUUAAAGGGGCAAUCCACAGUUGCUACAUACAUUUUUGGACUUAUACAUUAAUGAUAUACACUGAGUGUACAAAACAUUAGGAACAUCUUCCCAAUAUUGAGUUGCACCCCUUUUUUGCUCUCAGAACAGCCUCAAUUCGUCGGGGCACUACAAGCUGUCGAAAGCAUUCCACAGGGAUGCUGGCCCAUGUUGACUCCAAUGCUUCCCACAGUUGUCAAGUUGGCUGGAUGGUGGACCAUUCUUGAUACACAUGGGAAACUGUUGAAACCCAGCAGCGUUGCAGUUCUUGACACACUCAAACCGGUGCGCUUGGCACCUACUACCAUACACGGUUCAAAGGCACUUAAAUAUUUUGUCUUGCCCAUUCGUCCUCUGAAUGGAGCACACACACACAAUCCGUGUCUCAAUUGUCUCGAGGCUUAAAAGUCUUUCUUGAACGUGUCUCCUCCCUUCAUCUACACUGAUUGAAGUGGAUUUAACAGGUGACUUCAAUAAGGGAUCAUGGCUUUCCCCUGCUUUCACCUUGUCAGUCUGUCAUUGAAAGAGCAUGUUUUGUACACAGUGCAUACUCAUUGAUUCUUGAAGAAUAUAACUAUAACAGCUGUCGUACCCCAUCACUAACUUGUUUUACUCUAGUGUUUGUAAACAGUAAAUGUAAACAAACACUUUAGCCUCAAAACAUGGUUAAAACUAUGUUAUAUCAUGGAUGGUUCGUCCUUGUAUCCAUAGCUCUGUCUAUGAAUUUAAGAGUGGUUACAUUUCUACAGCCCCCUCCCUCAGCUUUUUUCCAAAACAGUGGUGGGUUGACUGCUUUGCAACCAUUUCAAUUGUGCAUUGGCCCACUUUAAUUGCAUACUGGCGUAAAUGUCUCUCAUUGCACAAUUUCAUCAACUGAUGAGUGCAGUGUAAAAACCAUUUCAAUGAAGAUCAAUGUUGACCACCUGAGCCAAGCCCUUGUCCUUGAAGAGGUUGAGUGGGUUUGCGUGCAAUUUUCCCACUCCCUUUGUUUUCUUAUCAUUUCUUUGUUUCACUAAGUGAAACCCAUGUUUACUUUUAAUGUCUGAGAUUGAUGUUUGUUUGACUGCAUCUUUUAGGGGUCAAAUUCUGAACAUGAAUAACAUUUUGAGAACUUCCUGAACCAAUUAAAUCCAACCUGGAAAGUGAAACCUUGAAGUCUUUUUUUGAACCAAUGCAGAGUAGACUUGCGUGCAAAAUAGGGAUUAGUGUUCCAUUAGACAGUUCAGCCAAAAGGUGGGAUAUCCAUAAGUGCCCCCUUCAUUGUAUUCAUGCGACGCGUUCUUACACGCUAGUUCUGCGCCACGGCACAGAACCACCUUGAGUUUAGAGUCUGGUUUCCUAGUGUACAUUUUUUCUUUUUUUUAACUCUCUCACUUUGUCUCAUGGCUUUUUCUCUGUAAUUCUUUUGUAAAAAUGUUAUGGUCCCUUGCCUCUUUUGAAUGUUGAAUCGGUCUUCGUAAGGAAUUUCCCCAGUCACAAUAUUCAUUUUCUCACGUAAUCUCUCCUCCCUUUUUAUUUACUGUCUCCCUUUUGAGAGACCUUUCGUAUUUGCCAUGUAAACAUUGGAAAAGUGCCCAUCAGUAGCAACCCACUCUGCAUUGUCCAGGACAUGGCCUUGCUGCCUGUAUUUACUCUUGGGGGCUCGUGCUGGUGUGAAUGCCUGAAAUGUAACUCAUGUGGGCGGUCAAGGUUAACACGUGACGCUCCCUUAGCAUAAGGUUAGUCAUGAGACAAGGAGGCAGCAAUGUCAGUGUUCACUGUUUUCCUCCGUGUUCAUCCACAGCAAUUGCUCCCCCCCGCACAAAAACCUUACUCUGCAUAUUAUAUAAGUGUUGUGCAAUAUUAAGGAUGCCCAUACCAUUUACUCACAACUAGUGUUUUUUUCCCCUUCCCAGAAGAUCAGUCAUACUGUAAGACUAAAUUCAGUUGAGUCUGACAUGUUACCUUUCAUUUUGUUAUUUGCCUGCUAUCCAUAUUGAAUCCACACUCCUCUACAUUCUGACUCUUGAACGUUGUUUCCAAUGUGCUGAACACAGCAUGGAUCCGAUAUGGAUACCAGGUGACCUUGUUAGUGCAUAUCAGUACUUUCUUCAUGAGGAAAAAAAAUAGUUGCUAAUAUGGCCCCAGUUGUAUUACAAUGGUGUUCAUGAGCAUAAGUGCUUAAUGCUCCAUGGCUGUGUUAGCGUAAUCUUUAGUGUUGCUUACAUUAUCUUAGUGUUUAUUUUUAGAGUGCGUACAUUUUGUGUGCACCGACACCAGAUGUAAAUGUCCUAAAUCAUCACACUUUCACCAUCUCCAGUAAAAUGGUACAUUAUAUUCACAUCUUUCUACAGAACAGGUAUGUGAACUACUGGAAAUUGGUUAGAAAAUUGUACAACUGCCUGUUAGAAUUUAACUCUGUACUCGUUCUGAGGCUACACCAGUCACAAAUGGUUUCACCAGACCAUUUCAGUGCAGCAUUGUUUAAAUGCAGCUAUGGUACUUUUCUAGAUUCUGAUUAAAUUAAACCGUUUAAACUGUUUCAACAUUAUCAACAAAGAACCAGUUAUGUUGGUUGGACUAUGUCUUAAGUUUUACUCCUGUCAUUGCUCCUUUGUGUAAAAUUUACUCCAUCUUUUGUUUUUAUUAUUAAAUUAUUGCAAUUUUUAUGAUUGUUUUGUACAUGAAAUCACAGCAAAACUGUAUAUAUUUAAUUUUAAAUAAACAUAUUUAUAAAGUG